AUGAGUCAUACGCUACCACAUUAUAUUAAAUAAAUCAGUUAUUAUUUAGGAGUAGUAGUAGUAUUUAGUAAUUGCUUUAGUGGCCGCAGCCAAGUUCGACGAUAUCAAUGAAGUCACAUUUCUGAGAUAUGUGUACUUUCUAAGCUAAGUAGAUACCACUGACAGUAAAGGUCAAAAUCGCGAAAAUGAUUUGAUUUUGAUCAGUGGGCACGGAUCGGCUGAUGAUAAUGAUUAAGGAGUAGGAACCUUUAUGUAGCCUAUACGGGAAAGAGAGUUUUGGUUUUGAGAUCAAGCGAGAUUAACAACGAAAUCAUGUCUGGAUUUACGUUUGAAGAAGUCCAUUCAUUAAUUUUAUUAUAGGUAUUUUUCCGCAUUUAACAGUUUUAUUGUGUUUCUGAAAGUAAUGACAACAAUAAUGGAGAGCAUUUCUAGCAAUAAAUGGCUUAAACUGGUGAAGUGGUACAAAAGUAAACACUAAAAGCAAUGGAGAAACCAAUACAAGCGAGAACUUUGAAAAAGUCACCAUGCUGGAUAUGUUUAGUGCCACCAUGGGGAUUCACAGACCGAGAAGAAGAAAAGUUGUACUCGGCAUACACGCAGCGACAGCGGCAAAGAGCCGUGCCUCGGCUGUUGGCGACCGGAGCGCUGUUGCAGGCGUUCGCAGUGGUUGUUCCCGGAGAACGAGACCUCUCGUUCGCCUACGCUUCAGUCGCAAUAGCACUGGUAGCGAAUCUGAUCCUGGCCUCGGUGUACCUGUGUGUUCGGCCCGCGCGUACUCUCCUUAACCACAUAGCGUGGUUCGUACUCUGGGCCCAACUGUUGGUGAGCGCGUCUCGGCGACUGGGAGAUUCAUAUAACGAAUUGCUAGGAUGGGCCGUGGUGCUCCAAUAUUUUACCCUCGCCACGCUUCCAUUACAUCACGUGUUGCUCAUCUUAUACAGUACAAUAUCGUUUACUGGAUAUCUCCUGGUGCAAUACUACAACGCUUCUACAUCUGAGAGCAGACUGGCUGACGACUUUUAUUUUCAACAAAUUGCAAAUGGCGCUUUGUUGCUUGGUGCAACGAUGUUGGGUGGUACUGCAUAUGCAAUAAGUGAAAAGCAACAGCGAAGUUCUUUUCAAGAAACGAAACGAAGCUUGCGCGACAAACUGACGAUUGAACAACAGAGUAAAGAACAGGAGAGGCUUCUGCUAUCGGUGCUACCAGAACAUGUUGCCGUUCAGAUGCGAAAAGAACUAGGACUGAUUGACACACAAUUCAAAAAAAUUUACAUGUCUCGCCAUGAAAAUGUCAGUAUUUUGUACGCCGACAUCGUAGGCUUUACGGCUAUUUCUUCAACUUAUUCAGCGCAAGAUCUCGUCGCAAUAUUGAAUGAGUUGUUUGCUCGUUUUGAUCGACUUGCUGAGAAAUAUCAACAGCUUCGUAUUAAAAUUCUUGGGGACUGUUACUAUUGUAUCAGCGGAGCGCCUGUUGAGCGUCCGGACCACGCCGUGCUCUGUGUGCAUAUGGGCCUUUCUAUGGUCAAAGCGAUCAAAUAUGUUCAGCAGACGACAAACUCCCCAGUGGACAUGCGCGUGGGCAUUCACACAGGUGCAGUUCUUGCGGGAGUGCUAGGUCAGAGACAGUGGCAAUUCGAUGUUUACUCUCGAGACGUUGAACUCGCUAACAAGAUGGAGAGCAGUGGAAUGGCAGGACGCGUACAUGUUUCUGAAGUAACUCUGAGUUUUCUUAACAACGAGUUUGAGGUGGAGCCCGCUCACGGAGAACGUCGCGAAGAAAUGCUUCGGCAGGCUGGCAUCAAAACAUACUUCAUCGUCCGGGUACUUAAGCCAUUUCAAGGAGGCGAGGAGAAGAGUGCAGUGGAGGGCGAGGCCGCGGAGGGUGGCGACGCGGCCGACACGCUCUCCGACCUCCGAGACGAUGACGAGGACUCGGUACUGUCGCCACAAGACGAGAGCAAGGACAACGAAGAACAGAAAAUACUUAGCAUGUUGCAAGAAGAACUGGUGAAUAGAGAUGACGACAAGGAACUGGCGGAUGGGACGACGUUGUGCCUGACGUUCAAAGCUUCGGGCGCGGAGGACGUGUACGCGCGACGCACGGACCCCUGCCCGCUGGCCAUCGCCGCGCCGCCGCUGAUGUUGCUGCCCGCCGUGGUCGCGCUCGCCAGCUUCGCAGUGCCGCCGACCUGGUCGCUGCAUGCCGUCUACCUCGCCCUCGUGCUAGAGACCGGCCUAAUCAAUGUGGUCUAUUACACGUGCUACCGAUACUCCCAGUAUAAGAAGAAAACAGUAAGUCCUUAUUGGAAGCUGACUUGCGGAACGUUCAACAUCGCGAUGUUUGUGGCCGCGAACAUUGCGCCACUGAUAAUUUGCGGCAAUUUCGAGACGAUGCUUCUUGAGGAUGGGCUACGAGACGAUGCGCCAGCGCACAGCGGCGCAAGGCGCUGCAUACAUCCUUCUUAUUACUACCAUGUGGGUGCGGGGGCGGCGUGCGGCGCGCUGUGGGUGUCUCCGCUGGGCGUUUGCGCGCGCAGCCUGCUGCUGGCGCUGGUGGCGGCCGUGCACGCGGUGCCCGCGCUGCUGCACCCAGCGCUGCUGCUCUCGCGGCCCAGCCUCGACCGCGACCCUUACCGCGUGCGCUUCAACGCCACCACCGACUACGAUGAAGAUCUCCUCGCUAUUCUGGCCCGCAUCCAUGGUGGACGUAACAUAAUAAUGCUGUUUUUCAUAGUGGUGGCGUUGCUUAUUUUCAACAGAUAUGUGGAGUCCCUGGAUCGCGCGCGGCACUCGCGCGGAGAGCGCAUGCGUGCGCAGGCGGAGCAGGCGGGGGACUUGCGGCGCCGCAACCAGGCGCUCAUCCACAACGUGCUGCCGCCGCACGUGGCGCGCCACUUCAUGGGCGCGCGCCACCACCAUCGCGACCUCUACAGCCAGAGCUACGCCGAGGUCGGCGUGCUCUUCGCUUCCAUGCCUAACUUUUCAGAGUUCUACUCGGAAGAAACAGUUAAUAACCAAGGCCUAGAAUGUUUACGGUUUCUCAACGAAGUUAUAUCAGACUUCGAUUUGUUACUAGAAGAUUCGAAAUUCAGUAAAGAUAUAAUCAAAAUAAAAACGAUCAGCUCCACGUACAUGGCUGCGUCAGGCCUAAACCCAACACGACAAAUGCAGCCAUCGGACGGCGUUCUAGUUCGUUGGGCGCACCUGGCGUGCCUGGUCGAGUUCGCGCUGGAACUUCAGCGCGUACUGGCUGCGAUCAACGAACAGUCCUUCAACCACUUCGUGCUGCGCAUGGGCGUCAACCACGGGCCCAUCACCGCCGGCGUCAUCGGCGCGCGCAAGCCGCACUACGACAUAUGGGGCAACACAGUCAACGUCGCCUCGCGCAUGGAAAGUACAGGCAAAGCGGGAUGCAUUCAGGUUACCGAAGAGACUUGCGAGAUUCUGCAGAGUUUCGGCUAUUACUUCGAGCAGCGCGGCCUGGUCGCGGUCAAGGGCAAGGGCCAGCUCAUGACCUACUACCUGCAGGGCAAGCGCGACACGCCCACCGGCCCGACGGACAAACACACUAUGGAGCCGCCGGCGCCUGAGCCUGACGCGGGAGAUGCGCUGUUGUCCAAUGGUGCUGCUGAGGGCAAUGACCCGCUCCGCUCCGGCAACACUGCUGAACACCCUCUGCUGCCAGCCUAAGCGCUGUGCCCGCAUUCCAUGUUACAAAACUAUAUUCAAUUAAACAUAAUCACUACAUUACAUUCAUAGAUGAAAGACUAUUUUGUGCACGUUAAGCAACAUUGACAUAACUCCAAACACACCACAGAGAUCAGAACAUGAUGUUGGCCAUAUGUUGUUUAUCAAUGUAGUAUUAAUUGCCCAGCGACAUUAAUAGGUAUUUUUGAGUUGUGUCACUGUUGGUGUUCGUUGGAAUAAGUAGGUGUAGAUGUACAAGAAAGCAUUUAUAGCGAGCGUUUCCAUUAAAUUUGGUCAUAAACCAAGUGCAUCAUAGUCACAGUAAUGAGUAGUUUCAUAAUGAUUGGUAAAUCAGUACAAAACAUCGUCUGUAGGUACUGUCUCUUAUUUAAAGUGUCCUUCUUAUCUUUGGUGUGCCGAUCAAAAGGCAAAAUUGCUCGUAUGAUUGAUAAAGAAUCGUUGCAAGAUGAGUUAAUAAUACACAAAUAUUAUAAGAUUAUAUUUUAAGUAAAUAAUGGGAUUUACUCUAUAUCAUGAAUUUAUAAAAACAAUAGGAAAUUUCUGUUUAUUAUUUUUAAGUAAUGACACAAGUAAAUGUUGAGAAUCUAUUCGUGCAUAAAUUCUAAGAAACAUUUCAUUGAGACCGAGUACCUGGAUAUUACUACGGAGGCAUUUUAAUUGCUAGUUGUCCAUUAUCUUUGGUUGAUAAUAAUGAGAAAGUGUGUGCUGUCUAAUGGUUGUUACGUAAGUUUAAUAUUAAUGUUGAGAGCCUGUGACAUUCAUGUCUAAUCGCAUUUAUCCAUAUCUACAUAAUAUUGAAUAAUCCACACGUAACUGGAAACAAUACAUGUACAAUGAUUUUUACUUCCAACUUAAAUAAAAUAAUAAACAAUAGCUUAAGGUGUUGAUAAGAUGUUUACUUUGAUAAAAUAUGUCAUGAAGACGUGAUGGGAUCACGUUGAUUUUCUUUACAUAUAAUUUGUAUGGU